UGAAACAUCAGAUAUGAAUGAAUCCCUCCUCCUUAAAUUACAGAGUGAAGAAAAGCAAAUAAAAAUUAAAUUGAUCAAAAUUUUUAAAAAUGGAAAAAAUCUUGGAAUUUGAAAUGUAAUGUUUGUUGUUUGUAUUUUAUUGAAAUCGAUAAAAAGUCUAAUCCUUCUAGAUCAUAUUUUAAUAUCAUUCAAUGGAACGUGAGGACACGUUGAAUUGUGAUCAAAACUUGGAAUUCAUUCUUAAAAAAAAAUUUUUUCCUUGUUUGCGAUGGCAUAUUUCUAAAUUAUGGCUGGAAAGAGGAGAAUUUGAGUAAAUCUAUCUCCGAAGCAGCUGAUCGAGUAACUGACAUAUAUGUGGGCAUUGACGUAUUUGGUCGUGGUUGCUUUGGUGGAGGAGGCUUUUCUACUGACAUUGCUGCUGCUGUUGCAAGAAAGUUUGGAUUAUCUAUUGCUAUUUUUGCUCCUGGAUGGGUAUAUGAAACUUUGGACCGGGAAAAUUUUAAGGAAAACCAAUACAAAUUUUGGAGCACCUUAUCUGAACUUUGUCCUGUGAAAAAAUUUCUAAAGUUACCUUAUUAUUCAUCUUUUUGCCCAGGAUUUGGCAAAAAAAUGUUUAGAAAUGGAAAAAUUAUUAGUACUGAGCCUUGGUUUAAUUUGAGUCUUCAGCAAUGUCAACCUACAUUUCAUUAUACCCACUAUACUCCCAAAACUGGAGUCAUCAGCCUCUAUGAAGAAGAUGCAUUCAAUGGUGGAUGUUGCCUUAAUCUAUCUGGAGUUGCCAACUCUGAAGGAGAAAGCCUAUGCUUUCAGAUUUUAUCUAGUCAUUUUGUACUAGAAACAUCUGUUGUUUUAAGUUUUGUUUUCAAAACGUUAUCAGACGAUAUUGAUGUGUCUUUAAUGCUGAAUAUCCAUUCCGGUGCUGUGAAAGAUAAAUUAUUUUUGCUGAGAGGAAAUGCUGAAUGUGCUGAUUAUUCAGGACGAAAACUUCUUCCCACGUGGCAGACCAAGCUGUUGAAUUCAAAUUUCAGACUGAAACCUUGUGAUCCAUCAUGGACUAGAAGAGUAUACUUGUUGGAGUUAGAAAUGUUUAAAGAAUGUGUCAUUGAAGGUCUAAGUGUAUAUGUUAGAUGCUUGAAGCCAUCUGCUGAUUAUCCCAUUUCUGUGCUCGUAGGCGAAAUAGAGGUUUUGCCUUUUCUCAAAGCACUUGAUUUUCAGUGUAAAAAUGUGUCUUGCACAAAUGAGAACAACAUGACAUUUGUUAGCUGUACUUUAGAGUGGACUGAGAAUCCUUCUUUAUAUUGUUCUGACAUAUACAUAACACAAAAUGGUAAAACAAAUUUUUUAUGUACAACCAACCAAUUUUGUUAUAAUUUUAAACAGAGCUUUUGUAGUUCGCUUCAAUAUAUAGACUUUGAACUGCAUCCACAUAGCAAUGGAAAUGAACAUUUUGAGCCUGUUACCUCAAGACUUACUCUGACAUCUUGAUGUAUUUUCACAAAAAUUCCUUUAAUAUUUUGAUUCAAGAAAAAUAACAGACGUCAAGUGAUUUAUUUGAACAUGUUAUAAAAACACAUUUUAUAUUAGUAAUU